CACCGAUUCGGUUGUGAUAGUGUUUGAAGGUACGUACGUACCACACUACGUGUACUACCGCGGAGCUGAAUACCGAUGCCUACUAUAUCGUAAGCAGUACGAGACAUGUACCACAUGUGGCCGCCUCGGCCACCGAGCGGAUGUUUGCCCGACACCGAACAGCAAGAAAUGUCGCGGGUGCGGAACUCUCAAUCCACCCGAAGAUCAUCAGUGCGAGCCAAGAUGCUUCAUGUGUGGGAAGGGACACUUCACAGGAGACAAAAAGUGCCGUGAACGGUUCAAGACCCCAUAUCUUCUCAGAAAGAGGCAGUGGAAACAACAACAGCAACAACAACACCACCAACAACAACGGAAUGAACAACCACCGCAGAAAGCUAUGGCGGACAAUCGCCCAAGUCGGUCCAGGGAGCGGUCGGGUAGCACCGAAUCGCACAAGGGAUCGACAUGGACCAACAGCCACGGCAGCAGACACCGCGACAGGAGCCGCUCUAGUUCCUUCCCAAGACUCCCCGGUGGAGGCGGUGGCGGCCAGUCCAACUCCAAGUCCCGGUCCAGGUCCCGGCCCAGGUCUGAAUCGAGAUCGAGAGGAUCACCACUACACGGAACCCCGGAGGGCUCUGGCGGGUCCGACGGCAACAAAACGCAGCGCUACGAUGGAAGUCGAGGUGAAGUCCAACCACAGUCCAGUCGCGGGCAAGGCCAGCCGCAAGAAGCGACUUACGCGAAAGACCGCCCGCAAGUCCAUCGUGGCAGCCACGGAGGAACACCGGGACGAGGCGACUCCGCCACGCCGCGACCAGACGCCAGACUCGCAGAGCAGCAGGGGCAAGCAGCCUGGCGACAGCGGAGCUCCCCUGCAGCCACCACGCAACAAGGCAGCCUCGCUGAUGCAGCAGCACCGGUCCGUGUGGCGCAACGAGUUCCAGAAGCUGCACGACGCCGAGGAGAGGCUCAAGAACGACAUCGUCGAUAAGCUCAGGUACAUAUCUUCCACGGGCAUCUCUAGUGACGAUGAGGCGGGCCAGUGCCUUGAGGACUGGAUCGAUUAUGAACUGGGACGCACGAAGUUCCAGGACAGCGCCGACUCGAGAGUCGAGUGGUUCAGGCGCAUCCUGGCCUGCCGGCUCGGCUUCAUGGACGACCAGGACGGCGAGGAGGAGGGCGCGCAGCCCUCGGCGAACAGCGAGGCCCAGAUGGUGGCCGACCUGCGGGAAGCCCAGCGGGAGACGCGCCAGCUCACCGCCACGCUGGAGCAGCAGUUCAGGGAGGCCGACGAGGAGGUGGCGCGAGCGUUCGAGUCGUCGCCCCUCAGCAACACAAGGUUCACCUUCUCCCGCAACGUCGAGGACGACUUUCAAGCGUCCUGGAACGGAGACGAGCGGAUGCGUCGCCCUCUGCUGGCCGAACUUAAGCAGAUCGACCACAAGUUCGAGUCCAAGAUCAAGGACAUCGACAAGGCGCACAAACUGGAAGAGGAGCCUGCCGACUGGACCGCCGACGACUUCGCGGUUGUGAACCACGUGCUCGAGCAAUACCCGAGCAACCUGGGCAACCGGAGGGCGCUCAUCAUGGACUGGCUGCGCCGGCACUUCAAAAAGCGCUCUAUCCUGGACAUCUCAACUUACAUGACGUGGUGCCAAAACCAGCGCUACCACCGGGACAAGGUGCAGUCGUGCCUGCAGGAGUGGGAGCGCGCACGCGUUCAGUGGCUCGCCAAGGCAAAGCAGACGGCGACCACGCGGAACGGCCCUGGCACAGGGGCUGCGUCCAGUGGCCCACCACAGCGACGAAGGACAAUGCACCACGUUGCACUGCCACCUGCUCCGUCACUACAAAAGAAGCCGAACCGUCUGCCGCCGAUUGAUCCCGAGCUCAAGGAGCAGAGGGCGCCACGACCGAGGGCCCGUGUUCGCAUCGCGCCCAAUCCCACCACCAUGUCGUCUUCCUCUGCGCCGCAUCUCGGCGCCGUUGCCGGUCUCGACGGCGUCGCGGCUGCAUCUGCGGUCGGCUCGAAGGCCGACCAGCUCCGGCAGGCCGAGAGGCAGGCGCUGGAGGAGCGGAACCGCGAGUGGCGGCUGCGCUCGCUGUCCACGGUGCGAGAGAUAGAGGUGCUGCGCAUGCGCCGCAAGCAGUCCAUCGUUGUGGCCGGUGUGGACGACGCGUCCGAAGUUCAGGAACUGGCCAAGGUUCAGCGAAAGCUCAACCUGGAAAGAGUGAAGUUUCGUCAGGAACUGGCCAUGAAGAAACAACGCGACCGUUUACGAGUCGAGCAGAAGAAGCAGGAACAGGUGAAGCUAGAAAAGCUCCAAUUACAGAAAACCAAGAGGAUGCAGUGAUCUACGACCGUGCAGUGAUACGCGUCUCGGCAGUGACCCCACUAGAAAUCAGCGGCAGCAGCCAUCCCAGCAACAUCACCUGUUGACCGUGCCGGUCAUACACAGGCCAGAGAAGAAGCCAAGGCCUGUCAGAGACUUACGAGUGGAUGUACGCGGCCGCGUACCACCGGAAGCGGGCUCCAACCACCACCACACCAGGACAACGCUGACAACUAGCAUCAGUCCAGUGGAGAACACGCGAACAUUGCUCGCCCACGGCAUACCCGUCGCGAGCCCCGUGUAGUUAUGCUGCAGUGCAUGCAUCGAAGCUUUCCUCCCCUGAAAGUGAGCAUCUUAACUGAGACAAACAAGGUAGUAUGCUUGUGGUUACCAUGCAGCUUUACUAUGAAAGAAAAAACCAGCAGAAUUACCGCUUCCCUGCUAUGUCAGACUUUAGUUUUUUGUUGAACUAUAAUCUGUUGUUCAUCCAAUGGCAAACAAAAUGAGAUAUCAUGCAAGAAUGGGUAGGCUUAGACACUAGCACUUGACCUAAGUUGUUUCGGAGCAAGACCUUUGCGCACAAAAAAAAGGUCGUCUUGUUCCGUGCAAUUCGUUCUCGCUACAACAGAAGGGUUCGCUGCAUAAUAAUAUUCUGCUACCACCAUAUCAUACUGCUGAAGGACAGGCUGAGUGGGGAAACCAUUAUGAUGAUUGUUUUGCGACUUCAUGCUCCGAAAGCUAUUGCUGUUUCAUAUUACAUUCACACUUCACACUGCAAGAUGCCCUUGGGUGCAUUGCAUGCGUAUUAGUACAAGUGCCAACAGGACGGAAGUUGUCAUAAAGAUAAAAUCGUUUUGAACGUAGAAACUAUAACAGGCCGUGGAUUUCUCCUUUGAAUGUACUUUCUGUACGCGGUUGCUGAGCUGUGUAGAUGUUGUCUGGACAGCUGUGAAAUUGAUGACUGCGCGAAUAUAUUUGGAUCAAAGCCCAAAGUAUUGAAUGAAGCUAUUCGACAAGAUACACUGCCCGUGGAGCAAAUGAUAGUUGUUGACAUUGAGAUUGUUUGUUUUGACCAGCAGAGAGUAACCAAUAAAGGUCGGCUAUUAUUUAUCUGCG